AUUUCUCACAUUUCUCCUCCCAGUCACAUUUCUGAUGGAAAUCACAUCUUUCCUUUUCCAGUCCGUUUCCAAGUCCCUAAUCGCGGCUUGCUACACCCCCUUUCGCCGCUGCUGCACUGUUCAUACCUCAUGACGCGCCUUUGUUUACGCCAUUACCGCCGGAUUGACGCGGUGCUUGAUUAGUACCGACCGCAUUUCGCCUAGCGACCAAAGUGCAUUGCCGGUUUUAUUAGCGAUUGCUGAAGCGCCUACUACCGAACCCUGUGGUGUAGCGGCAGGUUCGUGGUUAGAGAAUUGCGUUGCGAGGCAUGGGCAUGGGCAUGGAGCAUUACGACGUGGUGGUGGUGGGCGCGGGCAUCAUGGGCAGCUGCGCCGCGUACGAGCUCGCGAAACGCGGGAGAAGCGUUUUGCUCUUGGAGCAGUUCGACCUGCUGCAUCGCCGAGGCUCCUCCCAUGGGGAGUCUCGAAUUAUCAGGAGAACUUACCCUGAAGACCACUACACUGCGCUCAUGCCACUCGCUUAUGCGCUAUGGGAGUCUGCUUCUAACGAGGCCGGAUACUCCCCACUUACAGUCACAGGCGGGUUAGACUUUGGGCCCCGCACCAACUCUGACCUGGCAGCGGUUCUCGCCAGCUGUUGCAACCAUGGUGUGCCACAUCAGCUUCUGGAAGGGGCUGCUCUGAGGGAGCGAUUCCCAAUGUUAGACUUUCCAGAUGGUUCUGACAGCGAUUUGGUCGGCGUUUUUUGUCCUGAUGCGGGGGUGCUGCAUGCGACAAAAUCCGUGGCGAUGUUUCAACAGCUGGCAGCCAGGCACGGGGCGGCACUACGAGACAAAACGGCAGUUACUGCAAUCGAGCCGCUACAGGACAAAGAGGCAGCAACAGGGGUUGACGAUUGCGUUGAUGGGGGUGAUGCUGCUCGGAUUCAUGUGGUAACCAGCAAGGGCAGCGUUACAUGUAACGACUGUGUUGUGGCAGCAGGAGCAUGGGCAGGGAAGCUGCUUGAAAGGGCAACAGGGAGGAAGCUUCCUCUGGAGCCGUUGCGAACCACUGUGGCUUACUGGAGGGUUGCUGGGGAGGGAGGAGCAGAUGCUGAUUGUGCUCCUGCUGCUGCUGCUGCUGCAGGUGACAGUGCUGCUGCUGGUAAUGCUGCCACUGCUGCUUCUGAUGGGGGUGCUUGCAGCAGCAGCAGCAGCGGCAGCACCAGCAAGGGCAGCAGCACCACCAUUCCCCUAUUUAUCAAUUACGACGAACCUUACGUGUACGGCAUACCGAGCCUAGAGUUCCCGGACCUAAUCAAGGUCUCCCUCCAUUCCGGCCUGCCCUGCCCCGACCCUGACAACCGACCCUCCCUCCCGGACGCGCACGCGGCUCGGACUGUGCUGGUGCCGUGGCUGCAGGCCAGAUUCGGAAACAGGGUAACCACCGAGCCUGUGAUGAUGGAAUCGUGCCUCUAUACCAUGACUCCGGACCAAGAUUUCAUCAUCGAUCGGAUCCCUUUAGCUUCAGGAAAGGGAGAACAGGUGGCAGAGGAGAGCCAGGAAAGGGAUGCCAAACUAGUUCUAGGGGAUGGAGAACAAGGAGAUGGGGCAGGAGAAGAAAGUCCAGGAGAGGUUGUGGGGAGAGGAGUAAAUAUUGUUGUGGCAGCAGGCUUUUCGGGGCAUGGGUUCAAAUUUGGCCCGCUGGUUGGCAAGAUGGCAGCGGAUUUGGUGAUGGGGCAUGCUGAUGGGACCACUGGUGGCGUCAGCAGCAUCAGUGGGAUAGGCGGCUUCAGUGGGGUGAAGCUGGAUGAUGGAGAAGAGAAUGAGGCUGGCAAUCUAGGCAGUGAUGUGCUUGAGAUGGUGAAGUGUGGAGUGGUUCCCUCCCUGUUCUCAUACAGGAGGUUCUUAAAAGGGGGACAAGGGAACUUGAAGGCAUGUGGGCCGCAGGUCAGGCCUGUGGGAGAUGGCAAGCUUCUUAUGGGAGGGACAGGCACAGGUUAUUGAACCAUGUGAAAUUGAGAAACUCCUAAGGUUGGACUGGACAAAUUUUAUGUCUAUCAUAAAGUGAACAGGCUACU